AUGGGCUCACGGAAACGCAGCACGGUUGGGGCCCCACAGGCUCGGGGGGCCCCACAGAGCAGCGAAGGGGGCAAACGGGUCCUCGCUGCGUCGGGAAGUGACAGCGAAGACGAUAUUUUGCUGCAGAAGCAGCAGCAGCAGAAUACAGCAGCGGGUGAAGGCGAGCUGGAGCUGUCGGAUGGCUGCCUAGACGAAGACGAGGCAUCUACAGAUGAAGAGACCCCAGCGGGUCCGGGCGACCCUGAGGGCCCUUUGUCUGCAGAUUCUUCAGAAGAUGAUUCCCCCAGGAGGCAGCAGAAGAAGCAGCAGAAGGAAAGCAGCAGCAAAGCCCCUCAAAGUAGCAGCAAUGUGCUGUUGGACGUCGAGACAAACUGGGCGGAUCUGUACCUAAGCCGACCACUGCUUAAGGCUCUGGAUGCCCUCGGCUACGCCCAUCCCUCUUUCGUGCAGUCAGCUGCCAUUCCUGCUGCGCUGCGGGGCCGGGACCUCCUCGUGAAUGCCCAGACGGGCUCAGGAAAGACUGCGGCUUUCUUGCUUCCCCUUCUGGAGCGCCUUCUGCAGAGCCCGGGAGUCAGAGCUCGAAAGAUGACACCCACGGGCCCCGUUGGAGGCCUGAGGGGAUCGAAAGGCUUGGUACUUCUUCCCACCCGCGAGCUGGCGAUGCAGUGUUACCAGCUACUGCAGGACUUAUGCAAGUUUGCGCCGAUCACCUCAACUCUUGCAGUGGGGGGUGUGACUCUGUUUCAGCAGGAAACGGCGCUGCGCCUGCAGCCAGAUAUUGUGGUGGCCACACCUGGGCGAAUCAUAGACUUGCUUCUGAACUCUAUUAGCAUUCAUUUGGAACUGCUGGAGGUUGUUGUGCUUGACGAGGCUGACCGGUUGCUAGAGUUGGGUUUCAGGGACCAAAUCCUGCAAGUGCUGCGGCACUGCCAUCGUGGGCGGCAGACGAUGCUGUUUUCUGCCACUCUCUCUGCGUCUAUAUCUUCUCUCGCACUUUUGGCACUCCAGUCUCCCCUGCAUAUCACUUGCGAGCCACGCGGCAGCAGUAGCAGCAGCGGCAUUAGCAGCAGCAAAAAGUCCCAGCAGCAGCUGCCUGAAAAUUUGCAGCAACAAUUUGUGGAGCUUCAAGGGGAAGAGCAGCGCUUGCCCGCCCUUGUCCAUCUCGUCAGGACUGCCUUCAAGCACAGAGUUAUUGUGUUUUUUGGGACGAAAAAGGCGGCGCAUGAGGCAUUUCUGCUGUUUUCUCUUCUAGGCCUCUCGGCUGCGGAGCUUCAUGGUGACCUAACGCAGCAAAUGAGGGCAGAUUCAUUGGCCAAGUUCGAGGAAGGAACAGCUGACAUACUGCUGGCAAGCGAACUGGCUAGCAGGGGCUUGGAUGUGGCAGAAGUUUCUGCCGUUAUUAACUUUAGUCCUCCCAAAGACGUCGAAAGGUACGUUCACUCCGUCGGCCGCACUGCCCGCAUGGGCCGCCACGGCACGGCCGCAACGCUUUACAACAAAAAUAGCAGCGAACGCCUCGCGAUUAAGAGGUUGUUAGCUGCUUUAGGGGCCAGGGACAAGCAACAACAAAAACAAAAGCAGCAGGUCCUACGACGGAGAAUUGACAGUGCCAAUCUCGAAGCAAUUGACAAGGAGCUGCGAGGCCUGGAAGGGGCCCUACAGAAGAAACGGCAGGAAGAGACACUGGAGAGGGAAAUGAGGCUGGCAGAGAUCUUUAUUGCUAAGGCAAACAAUAUACAGCAGCAUGCGGAUGAAAUUUACUCUCGUCCUCACCGCGAGUGGUUCGUCAGUGCAGGCGACAAGCGGAAGUUGCAAGAAGCGUCUCGAAUAGACGCGGAGGCAAGGGCCCUGAUAAGCAAUAGCAGCAGCACCGUCUCAAAGGAGGCAGCAAAAGAUACGAAGCAGAAACAGAAGCACAAGCAGCAACAGCAACAGGACACAACUGAAUCAGACAGCAGUGAUGCAGCCGACAGCAGCUCAGUAGGCGAAGAAGAAGAGAGUGAAGAGGAGCUUCCCGAGUGGGCCACGGCUGAGUCUGUUGCUAGUGAGGAAGAAGAGGAAGAUCUAGAGGGCGCUGAAAAGACGUCCUUGAGUGAGCCGAAGGCCCUUGUGAAGGUCAAAGAAAUUAAAGUGACAAAGGAGCAGAAGGCUAGGCUGCAACAGCAGCAGCAGCAACUGCAGAAAAAGGAGAAGAAGCACCAGACUAUGACUCCAAGACAAAAGGAAAGGAUGCAGGAAUUCCGCAUGGCGAAGGCAGCAGCGCGAUCUGUUAAGAAGAACGCUAGACCUCAGCGGUUGCGCAUUGACACAGAAGUGGACGAGGACUACUUAGGCGGCUACAGACGUCCAGGGAGUCGAAAGCCGCAAAAGAAGAAGCGGAGGAGAGAAGACAUUGAAAGAAGCAGCGGCAACAACAGCAAAGUUAGCGGAGUGGACAAAUCAGUCGGGCCGGAACAGAAAAAGAGACGGCGCACCCAGGUAGGCAGUGGCAGCUUCAAGUCCAAGAAAAGGUAUAAACGCAGGUAA